AUGUUCUCCAAAAUAUUAGCUUUGAGUGCUGUGUUGGCGGUGGCUGCGGCUGGUCUCCUGCCCCAAGCUCAACAUUCUUCAGCUGCUGCUGUUUCGUCACAAAGUAUAGUGCGUCACGACGAAAACCACGCUGCUGCACCCGUUGCCCACUACGCUGCUGCACCCGUUGCCCACUACGCUGCUGCACCCGUUGCCCACUACGCUGCUACACCCGUAGCCCACUAUGCUGCUCCCGCACACAGACUUGUGUCCGCCCAUGAAGAGGAAUACGCUCACCCUAAAUACGACUUCUCAUACUCCGUAGCCGACGGUCAUACUGGCGACAACAAGUCUCAACACGAGAGCCGCGACGGUGACGCCGUGCACGGCGAAUACUCUCUGCUCGAAGCUGAUGGCUCUGUGCGCACAGUCCAUUAUACCGCUGAUGCACACAAUGGUUUCAACGCCGUGGUCAGCAACUCCGCACCUUCCAGACACGCUGCGCCUGCUCAAGGACAUAUCCUCCAAUCUCAUUACUCUUCUGCAGCUGCAGUUUCAUCCCAGAACAUUUUGCACCAUGAUCAGCAUAGUGUAGCUGCUGCUCCUAUCGCCUAUCAUGCCACUCCUGUAGCCUACCAGGCUUCUCCAGUACACUACUCUUCCGCCGCAGCAGUGUCUUCACAAAGCAUUCAACGCCAUGAUCAACCAUUUGCCGCUGUUUCUCACUACGCUGCUACUCCUGUGGCCCACUACGCUACUGCACCCGUUGCUCACUACGCCCCUGCACCUGUAGCCCACUAUGCUGCUCCCGCACACACACUCGUGUCCGCUCAUGAAGAGGAAUACGCUCAUCCUAAUUACGACUUCUCAUACUCCGUAGCCGACGGUCACACUGGCGACAACAAGUCUCAGCACGAGAGCCGCGACGGUGACGCCGUGCACGGCGAGUACUCUCUGCUCGAAGCUGAUGGCUCUGUGCGUACAGUCCAAUAUACCGCUGAUGCACACAAUGGAUUCAACGCAGUGGUCAGCAACUCCAUUCCCGCCAAACACGCCACUCUUGCCCCAGCACAUAUUCUCGCUCAUCAUUAA